CUCCAGAAAGUAAAACGCACGCAGAACUCAAACUGUCGGUACGCUUCUCCGUCACCUGACCACCAGUCGUGAUUUCAAAUUAACCGGGACGAGGCGACGCGAGCUUUUAUUAAAUUCCAUUUUUUUUUUUUAACGUCCCCACGACGGUGAUGUGUGCCCGCGGUGCAUUGUUGAUUCUCUGUUCGUUUUUGGUGUUCGUCGGCCACCAUUGCCAGGAAAAUGUCACGAGCGUCACGGAGGAGAACGCGCUAGCGAAACUGGUCAAAAUGUUCUCCAAACCUGGAGCGUUCAAACGAAUUAAUGCAAUACUGGGUGAAAAUUCCAUCGAGGACUCUUUCGUCUCCUGCCCGAAAGGUGAGGAAGGCCUCGAGUGCAGAAGAGCCGAAGCCCGUCGAUCCGUCGACUGCCCAGAAGGGGAUUGUUACUGCUACAAUUGCGCGACAGCUGGCCCGGAAUUGUGGGCCUCGUGCUGCCGCGAAAGCUUGCGAUGCUGCUCCCAUCUCGCAGCGGCCUGCAGGACUUGCGACCAUCCGACGCUGCAUCCGUUCUGCUCGAAGCACUUCAAGAAAUGCCUCGUCGAUUACGAGAAGAAACAGAACUGAUUUAGUAACAAGCGCAGAACGAAACGGGACAAAGUGAAACAAGCCAACGAUACUUGUUCGACGUUUCAACCAACGGGAGAGAAUUUGAAUCACAAAGUAUCUCUCUCGUUAGCAACGGCGACGCUACAUACAGUUACUUCUCUUUAUACACUAAUAAGUAGUGUCUAAUGUAAGUAAUGAAAGCUUUACUUACACUAUAAAGUAAUGACUAACUUCAAAUAGCGAAUGUAUAAUUUACAAGCAGCCUAUCGUUGAAUUUUCGCUGCUAUUCGGGAUUGAAUAAUAAAAGUGCGCCGUGACACCCAAAAAGGCUAAUUUUCUUUUAAACUGUAUCGCGAGCUUAAAAAGGUUAAGAACCACUGUCCCAACUGAAUCGGUAUGGUAUCUUGCAUAAGUUGAAAGUUUUACGUCGAGUUUCUAAAUAUAGCGUUUAUCAUUCGACUUGCUAAACUGGUCCUCGUGUCAUUUUUUGCUGUGGACAUUUCGCUGCACGGGAACUAGGAUACCGCGGAACGAAUUGUGUCCGAUUCGUAAAAAUAUUUACCGAAAACAUUCUCUUCCGCUUUGGUCGUGAAACGAUCCUGCUGGACGAUCCAGCCCGGAUCCCGCGAACAACUGGUACUUUUCCAUCCGAAGCUGCGAGUGAUGUACCGUGAGGUAACACGAAAAUUCGUCCGUGACAUCUGGUGGUGAUCUUGAAUAAUAAAGUCGGUUGAUACGCCAUGAAAACAUACGAGACGCCAUAAUAAAAAAACAAAUGGCCAGAACGGAAAAGUACAUAUAUGUAAUACAUACAUGGAAAAGUAGAUGGAGCAUUAUCGCUUACUUUUUUAGCAGUAGCUAACAGGGAACAAAGUGGAGCACACUUCAGUCGUUAUCUUGUCAUCCAUGCUCUGUAGACGGAUAUCAACAAGUCUCUAGAAAAAGUAAAAAACAAUAAGAACAAGAGGAACUCAAAGAUUUCGUAAUCGACAAUGUCUCACGUUUCCUGGUCGAUUGUUCACAAAAGGUCAUCGAUCCCGAUAAUCGUUGCAUUAAAAAAUAAUAAUAAACAUCACUCGAGAUACAAUCAUUGAUAAGCUUUAUUCGUGUAGUCUCCAGAGUAUUCGGUAAUCUGUACUUUUUUUUUUUUUUUUUUUGUUAACUACUAAUCCCUAAAAAUGGGGGGGGGGGGAGUCGGGGGUCAGAGAGAUUCUCGUCAGGUGGUCAGACUUAAGAUACAACAGCACGAAUUUUUUGGACGUAAAAUUUUCCACGGUGCGUGCGUAGAUCUGUUUUCCAGACGAUACGGCGAUCCGAGUAUUAUUCGAUAUUUUUCACAUUCGUACAUUCUAUUUCCGCGACCCUACGAAACGUCGGGCCACGUUUUUUUUUUUGUUACACAGCUUUCCUUCGAGUGUAAUUAAUCCUUUGCGAUCCGGAGAUCGGAAAAUUCAGAUCGCAAAAGGUUAAGAAUACAUUAUUCUGCCGUUUUUGAAGUCCUGUAUUUUUCUUUUUUUAAUCAUCAGAUCCAAACCUUGGUUUAUUUUUAUUUUUAAUGUUGUUUCGUUUCUGGCGCUACCGUUCUGCGCCAAAUGUCCCAACGGUUUCCCUUCUUUUUAGAAUAUGAAAUUACGUUAGCACUCGAAAGCACUUGACUCUUAAACAGCACCACGCAGAGGUGAAAGACAAGACUAGAAAGGAAGAUAGGAAGAAACGUAUUACAAUGGCUCGUUUGUUUUUUCUUCUUCUUUUUUUUCCUUGUUUUCGCGUAAGAUUGUCCAUAUUUCGGUGAACAUAAUCGACACGUCUUCGCUUGGUUUGGGCCGAUAUUCGUCACGAGGGAAAGGAGAUGGUUUAAGUAAACGCAAAUAUUUCGCACGAGGGAUGAGCUGGGUACCUGAAACCACGAGUAGGUAAUAGUUGCGCGUAAAAAGUAUUGCACCUGAAGGCAGCGACGAAUAACCUGACGUAUUGUAUUCUGUGGCGAUCGAAUAUCAGACUUGCGUGUGUUUUGUAUUCAUUCAUAUGGCGUUAGUGUGGUGGUCGCUGUUAUCAUUCAUAAAUGACGUAAUAAGCGAAACAAAAAGUCAUGUGGAAAUGUUCUGAUUUAUAAAGUUUGCAGAUGUAUAAAAAAAAAGUGUAUGUCGUUAUUAAGUUAUUUAUUUAUAUAAAAUUUAAUUAUAUAAAAAGAAGAAACAUCACAUUAAUACCAUAUACACACGACUACGACACACAUUUAAUUGUUUCAAUACAAAUGUAUUCGUGAGCCACGUAUCCGUUAACUAGAUUAAAAUCUACCGAAUGCUGAAACAGAAUCGAGUACUCUGCAUUUACUCGGCUGUCGGACACGAAUUAUACUCAGCAUUCGCGCGAUACCUGCGCGUAGUUGCACAGCUAUCGAAUACAGCAUGGGAAUAUUUUUAAGCAUAACCACAAACAGAAUACAAACUAGUAAGGUAUUCGAAAUACAUUUCGUCCAUCCCUGCCCGAGGCUCUGGUACAUUUAGGGUCUGGAAAGUUUCAUACCACAUUGGCACACUGACUCAAAAGUAUCGUCCCACCGCUACAGACUCGCGAUGCGUAAGGUAGAUGCGCACACGCUCGUUGUCUUGUAUCUGCAACGAUCAAGAGAUAUUUUCGUGGCCAAGGUACUGCUUUAAAAAUUGCAGCAACGCGCGACCCUCUAUACAAAUGUUUCACACAAAAACUUUAUUUCUUUUCCAAAUAUACAAACAUCUCGAAUAAAUUAGGAUCAACAAAGGUUACGAAAUACAGUUCACGAUUCGUUCUCUGAUUAAUCCCUGUUCAAAAUUCGUCACCGAUCGAGGUUCCAGUAUCUAAACGUACCUAUAUGACAAGAAACUUUCAAAACUUCGACCCAAUAUGGAUGAAAUACCCCGACUGGAAGUUUCAGGUACCCGAUACCCCUGCUAUGCAUGUUAAAAUAACGAUAUAUUGGAUGUAACAUAUGCAAGGAUAGGUAAUUUUCUUUCUUGACGCUAUCUUAGAGCAUAUACAAUCCAGGACCACGUGGGAAGACUUAUCGAUAUAAUGUUUUCAUUUUCUUCGUCAUGGCCCUCUUUAUGUACAUCCCAAUUGAGCUUAAGAACCGUACAUCGACAAUAGCAAUAUGCCUCAUUUACGAUUUCACAUCAGGAGAAUUGUACUUUAAACAUUGUACUACUAAUUAGUCUCUUGUAUAUUUCUGGACUUUAUGUGCUCUAAGAUAUAAAACAAAAAGGAACAUCUUCCUUGUAUACAUCGUAAUUAAUUUAAGAAGAGCGAUCAACAUUUCGUUAGUUAUCAAUAUACCAGAUGUUGCAACACAAUGUAUAAUAAUGGCAGAGAAAGAUGUUUUCCUUUCAUUAUUCCUUAGAAUCUCGAUAUACGAAAAUCUAGCAUGUAGCAGACGGAAUAUCUUGUGUACGAAAAGUAUUAAACAUUUCAUUCUAGUAUUAUCCCAAGAGUCAAAAUACAAAAAUGCGAUAACUUCACGUCCUGUCGAUGAAAGUAUGAUUGAAACGUAAUCACAUGCGUCAGAGAUAGGUGUAAUUUGUAUCUAGAUAUUUUGAAUAACGAAUAAAGGAUAAACUGUUUAUCCAUUGCUCGUUACGCAAAAAAAAAAAAAAAAGAAACUUAGAAUCUCAGUUAUAGAUUGAAAUAUAACGAACUAGAAAUUUCACUGCUCCAUCGAAUGAACGUAACGAAUAAAUUGCUAUGCGUUGUUAUUAUUCGUAAUCUACUAUUCGAAGAAAAUUUAGCCCAUUUCUGGCGGUGCGUGUUACAAAAACCGUGUUCUUCCUUGCUCCCGUGUUGACGAAUAAAAUCGGUUUUACGCGACAGGAGGAUAGAGACAGCGGUAGAGCGUCCUGGCAACAAUGAUAAAUAUUGACAAUGAUAUUAUUUCGAUUUCUCUUACACAAAAAACACAGAUCUUGAUCUAUUAUGCGAUCGUUAGACGUUACUUUAUGGUGUACAUGUUUAUAUCAAGUAUGAGUUGAAAAUCUAUCACGUAGUACAAAGAGAGAUGAUUAUGCUAUUUUUAGUUUAUUAACUUGUAUCAUAUACCGAGAAAUAUCAAGACUACAGUUAACUAUAUAUUUAGUGAUUCGGAAAAUUUGUGACCAAGAUCGGUUUAGCCGGAAUCAAUGAAAUCAGAUUAUUAGUGUGAAGGGGGGGGGGGGGUGUUGUAGUAGUAGUAGUAGUAGUAGUAGUAGUAGUGAUGAUAAGUAUUGCUGGGACGUGUGCCGGAGAUUUGUAACUCUUUAAAGUGCAGAUUCUUUUUUGUGGUUUUUUUUUCUUGCUUGUUUACUAAAGAGAGGAUACGUCGUAAAAAUUCGGUCGCCUGCCACUUUGUUGACCGGUUUCGGUAAAACUUCGGAUACAUAUGUACUGUUAAGAUUUCGUUAAAUACUUUUACAUCGACGUGACACAUGAAAUCAAUCGCGCUAUCAUUAAUUUAUAUACCCUAGUCGACAGUUUCAUUCCUUUCUUUGUUUUCUUCUUCAUUUUUCUUUUUAUAUAUAAUAUAUAUAUAUAUAUAGAUUUGAAACGUUCAAUCGUCGGCAAAUCUUUUACGUUUUCGUCUUCAACGAAUCCUGCAUCGAUGUGAGCCAAAGUCUUAUAAUUAUUAUUACGAAGAGUUCCCUACGACGAUUUGUGCGCGAAUGACACUCGUGUCACUCUCUAACUUAAAAACUUGCUGAAUGCAUGUUCUGUCUUGUAUCGACGAAAGAAAGGAAAAAUGAAAUUACUAUCACUCCCACAUUCAUUUGCUGACUAUCACUGACACAUACACACACGCAGUUCUUACAAAGAUCGGUUUUGUCGUAGCUACAACUUUCUCUCAUUUUU